GUCACUAUGUGGAAAAAACAUUUUUUCUUUUGCUUUUUACUUCUGGCUGUGAUAACAAACCAGAUAGUAUAUGGGCAAAACAGAAAGAAAGAAAAUAAUCCUUAUUCUCUCAUGCAAAAACGUGAAGGUGAUAUGUGUCUUGUUGACAUAGUCUUUAUCUUGGACAGUUCAGAAAGUGCCAAAAAUCAGUUGUUUGAUUUACAGAAGAAUUUUGUUCAAAAUUUAACUGACAACAUUUUCCAGAUGAAGCCAGUUAAGUCUCAGAAGUAUAAUGUCAAACUAGCAAGUAUGCAAUUCAGCAGCACAGUCAGCAUUGAUCAUCCCUUUACAGCCUGGAAAAAUGUGCAGAAUUUUAAAGAGAAAAUCAGGUCUCUGGGUUUUAUUGGCCACGGCACCUACUCCUAUUAUGCGAUUUCCAAUGCCACUCAGCUGUUUAAAACUGAAGGUCGUAAGAGAAGUGUGAAAGUGGCUUUUUUGAUGACUGAUGGUGUGGAUCAUCCAAACAGCCCUAGUGUCCAGGGUAUAGCCACAGCAGCUAGGAGUCUUGGAAUACAUUUUUUUACCAUCGGCCUUUCUAAGAAAAAAGUCCAAGAAGAAAAAUUGCGUGUGAUAUCUGGUGAUUUGUCCUCUAAACAUGUGUUAUGCCUGGAUGAUCAGAACCUUAUAGUUGAUGUAGCACUGGAACUGGAAGCCUUGCUUCAGAAGCGGUGUAUGCGGAAGAACUGUGAGUGUGAAAAGGGAGUAAAAGGAGAAAAAGGUGAUUCUGGCAGUCCUGGUAACAGAGGGGAAAAAGGUGAGCCAGGACCAAAAGGAAACAAGGGUGAUGCUCAAAAAGGAGAUCGUGGAGAAAAAGGUGAAGAGGGAGCUCCUGGCUACAAAGGAGACAAGGGUGAAAGAGGAGAAUGUGGAUCCCCUGGAAUAAAAGGGGAAAGNGGUUUGGAAGGUCCUUUUGGCCCUAGGGGACCUCGGGGACCUCAGGGUAUCAGUGGACCUCCAGGUGAGCCAGGCCCAAAAGGUAUUCAAGGAAGCAAGGGAGAGCAGGGCCCUUUAGGUCCCUAUGGUCCUCCAGGACUCCCUGGUGUUGGACAGCCAGGACCCAAGGGUGCUCAAGGUCAAGAAGGUAAAAUUGGAUUUCCAGGACCUCCUGGAAUUGGUGAGCCAGGAUUACCUGGACCACGUGGCCCUGAUGGUCUGCCAGGUGAGAAAGGUCUACCAGGAGAGGGCAUUCAAGGCCAAAAGGGUGAAAAAGGCUCUGAAGGUAUAGCUGGUCCUCCUGGACUGCCAGGUCAGCAAAUCAAAGGUGACAAGGGUGAACAAGGCCAAGUAGGACCACAGGGCCCAGCAGGACCACCAGGAAUAGGCAACCCAGGAAGCCAGGGUAUACAGGGUCCACAAGGAAACCCUGGGGCAAAAGGAUCCAAAGGUGUUGGUCUGCCAGGUCCAAAGGGUCAACCAGGUGAACCUGGACAAAAAGGAGAACCAGGACUUCCAGGAAUUGGUGUACGAGGACUUAAAGGAGAUGUAGGUCUAUCAGGACUCCCAGGAGAGAGAGGGGUGCAGGGAGAUCCUGGGAAGUCAGGGAAAAAGGGGGAAAAGGGAGAUCAAGGUCCAAGAGGCCCAGAAGGACCCCCUGGCAAAGGAGAAGUAGGCCAAAAGGGUGACCCUGGAGAAAAAGGAUCCCAAGGACUGAUUGGUUAUAAAGGAAUACAAGGCCCAGCUGGACCAAAAGGUGAACAGGGAGAGAGAGGACCACCUGGUGUCGCUGGAUCGUCUAUUCAGGGACCUGCUGGACCAAAGGGGGAUCCAGGACCUAAGGGGCCACCAGGAGAUGAUGGACUUCCUGGAAAUUCAAUAAUGGGACCAACGGGUAAUCGAGGACUACCUGGACUGCCUGGGCCUCGGGGAGCAAAAGGCGAUGGCCACAAAGGUGAAGCUGGACCUCCAGGACCUGCAGGCCCCCCAGGACCAGCAGGCCCAAAAGGCGUGGGAGAUGCUGGACCAAAGGGAGACCGUGGAAUGAGAGGCUAUCCUGGUCCCCCAGGGCCACGGGGAAGUGGAACUGUUGGUCCCAAGGGUGUUAUGGGACAGAAAGGCUUGCCUGGUCCACCUGGCCCUCCUGGUGAGAGCAUACAAGGAAGCAAGGGAGAAAAAGGAAAUCAAGGUUUACCUGGACUAAAAGGCUCAAUAGGAAUUGGCCUUCCUGGACCAAAGGGAGAAUAUGGAGAUAAAGGUGAUCCAGGGAGCAAAGGUGCCAAAGGAGAGAUUGGAGACCCAGGACCUCCAGGACCAAAGGGAAUGUGGGGAAGAAAAGGUGAACCUGGUCUUUCUAGAGAAGAAGUUAUCAGACUUAUCAAUGAAAUAUGUGGUUGUGGUAUCAGAUGUAGAGUAACACCACUGGAACUGGUAUUUGUCAUUGACAGUUCAGAAAGUGUUGGACCAGACAACUUCAAUAUUAUAAAAACUUUUAUGAAAACAGUCAUUGACAAGGUAUCGGCCAACCACGCUACAGUCCGCAUUGGCAUUAUCAACUUUAGCCAUAAAGUGGAGUUGGUGUCUUCUCUGAAGCAAUACACAACUAAAGAAUACCUGAAAUCAGCUGUUGAUAAAAUGCCCUACUUAGGAGAAGGCACAUACACAGCUUCUGCUAUCCAGGAAGCCAUUCAGUUAUUUCAUGCAGCACACCCAACAGUAAGAAAAGUGGCUGUUGUAAUAACAGAUGGACAAGCAGACACUCGUGAUAAAGUACAACUGGACUCUGUAGUAAGAGAGGCCCAUACUACAAAUAUUGAGAUAUUUGUCAUUGGGAUUGUUCAAAGGACUGAUCCUCAUUAUGAUGAUUUUCUGAAAGAGAUGCAGCUCAUUGCAACAGACCCUGAUGAAGAACAUGUUUAUCAGAUAGAUGACUUCAUGACGCUUUCAGCUCUUGAAAAUAAAUUGAUCACAAAGAUCUGUGAGAACGUAUCUGAAGUCUACACUAGAAAAGAUAAUGUUUUAUCUCCAUCACCAAGUCCAGAAUCUGAAAUUGCUACUGAAGAUACUAAUAGCCAGUUACCUAAAAUGACUACUUCAGAGAUUUACAUGCUCCCUACAGAAGGAAUCAGUUAUCCACUUAGUCCACCACAGAUAAGAUAUACUGAGCCACUGCCACCUGCUCAGGAUCACACUGUGACCACCUCUGCUCACAGAGAAUCAAGAUUUCCCCCACUUUAUGACACAUCCGAAAUCAGUCCCCAGAGUCCAGCUGUCAAUCCUUUGUUCAAUGUAACUGCUACUGAAGAUCACCACCUGACUGUGUUGCAAACACAGGUAGCGACAACUCAAAAAGAUCCAAGGUGCUUGGAACCUAUGAAACCAGGGGAUUGUCGGGACUAUGUGGUGAAAUGGUAUUAUGACAAGAAUGGUAAUUCUCGUGGCCAGUUCUGGUAUGGAGGUUGUAACGGUACCAACAACAGAUUUGAAACAGAAAAAGAAUGUCGAGAAACCUGCACUGAUUGA